UCCUGAAACCAAUAAACCAGCUGGCUGGCGCCAAUGCAUGCCAUUGUCCCGUCAAUCACGUCACUACUUGGUAACGAGUCGACUCCUCAUUUGAAGACUUGAAUCUUUAUCUAUCUAUCUCUGGCUCAAUCCUGACCACGUCUGUUGAUCUUGAGCUUGAUUGAUAAGCAACUUCAACCGCUCUUCUCCCCCCCUUCCCCAGGAAUUACAGGCAGCAACUUUCAACUAUAUACACUCUAUAUGACUGCUCUCGUGCGACUAUCAUCCUCAUAAAUCGCCCGACUAAACAUGACGGGCAUUGCACCGCAAACCAGGGGAGAUACCCCUCCCGCAGACGUCGACUACCACUCGAGUCUGCGUGCUCGGUCGAAUGCAGCCUCGGCUCAUUCCGAGCACCACGAACAGACGCCCCUACUAGGCGACAACAGACCAUCGCGCGACUCCGACGAGACGAGCCUCUCACCCUCGGGCCAUGACUACGACAAUGAGGACGAAAGCCCCCGACACAACUGGUGGAAGGCGAGCCAGGUCUUCUGGCUCUUCCCGUUUCUGAUCCUCUACAUGCUGGGAUUCGGGGGCACGGCAGUCCCCAAGAUCAACCUGAUGGUGACGCUGGUGUGCAAGGACUACAUGGCGAAGAAGGCCAGCCAGAACCCCGGGUUCACGUACCUGCCGGUGAUCAUCGGGAGUGACAACGCGCAGUGCCAGAUCCCGGAGGUGCAGUCGCAGGUGGCGCGGUUCCAGCUGUACUACAACCUGGUGGCGGGGGUCCUGUCGGCGCUGGUGUGCCCGCGGCUGGGCCACCUGUCGGACCGGCACGGGCGGACGCGGGUGAUCGCGCUGAGCACGCUGGCGACGGUGGUCGGGGAGGCGAUCACGCUGUUCGUGGCAGCGCAGCCGGACCUGGUCUCGGUGAACGUGCUCCUGGUCGCGGCGUUCGUGGACGGGCUGGGCGGCUCGUUCACGACCAUCAUGGCGCUGACGGCCUCGUACGCCUCCGACUGCACGGCGCCCGCCCACCGCAGCGUCGCCUUCGGCUACCUGUACGGCGCGCUGUUCUCGGGGCUGGCCGCGGGCCCGCUGCUGGCCGCCAUCCUGAUCAAGCGCACCGGCCAGGUGCUGGACGUCUUCACGGCGUCGCUCGUCCUGCACAUCCUCUUCCUGGUGACCAUCCUGCUCGUCGUCCCGGAAUCCCUCUCCGCGCGCCGCCAGGCCGGCUUCCGGGACCGCCACCGCAAGCACCUGCACGACCAGCCCCCGACCUCCCUCUGGGACACCCUGAACCCCAAACACCUCCUCACCCCGCUGGCCGUGCUCCUCCCACCCGUCGGGCGACCGAGCCCCCUCUUCCCCAACGCGGGGGGCGCGACCCCGGCCCUCCGCCGCAACAUCAUCCUCCUGACCACGCUGGACACCCUCGCCUUCGGCGUCGCCCUCGGCUCGGCACAGGUCAUCAUCAUGUACGCGGAGUACAAGUUCGGAUGGGGCAACGUAGAGUCGAGCCUCUUCAUCUCGAGCAUCAGCAUCAUCCGCGUCCUGAACCUCUUCGUGAUCUACCCAAUCAUCACGGCCAUCUUCCAACCCGCCCUAACCCAAACCCCGGCCCCUCAACACCACAUCCCAGGCUCCACCCCCUACGAAAUCACCCUCAUCCGCAUCUCGAUCCUCCUCGACACGCUGGGGAACAUCGGCUACGCCAUCGCCUUCAACGGCGCCCUCAUGACCUUUUCCGGCGUGAUCCUCGCCCUCGGCGGCAUGGGCGUCCCCACGCUGCAGUCCGCGCUGACCAAGCACGUGCCCCGCGAGGGGCUGGGGCAGAUCCUCGGCGCGAAAGGGUUGCUGCACGCGCUGGCGCGCAUCUUUGCGCCCUCGGUGUGCUCGCUGAUCUACAGCGUCACCGUCGGGCGGUUCACGCCGGCGAUCUUUGUGGUGCUGGCCGCUGUGUUUGGGGCGGCCGCCGCCGCGAGUUGGUGGAUUCGGCCGUUUGGUUAGUCUUCCCCUUUCCUUUCCCUGUUUUGCGCAAUGUGUGUGUGUGUGUGUGUGUGUGUGUGUGUGUGUGAGAGGUGGUUCUGUGAGAGGUAUGCUAACGAUUGGGAUGGGUAGUCGGUCUGGAUGAUGCGGCGCUGCGGUCCUCGGCGCUCCUGUUCAAUGAAGAAGGGAACACCUGCAGCCGGGCGGAGUCGGAGGGAUCGGAAUCGGAAUCGGAAGAGAGUGAAGCAGCGGAGGUGGUGCGGUUGGCGGAUGAGCCGGUUUUGCCGUGACCGUGACCGUGACCGUGACUGUGACUGUGACCGUGACCCCGAAUUCCUAUGUAGCUCAGGUAAGCUAUACUAC